UUUGCUCGUUUCUGCCGGCGCUGCGGCGGAAAUACUUUCUCGGGAAGAUGGCGGCUGUGUCAGUCUACGAGCGGCCGGUUGGAGGUUUCUCUUUUGAUAACUGUCGCAGAAAUGCCGUCUUGGAAGCCGAUUUUGCGAAGAAAGGGUACAGGCUUCCAGCGGCCCGGAAAACUGGCACGACCAUCGCGGGGGUGGUCUAUAAGGAUGGCAUAGUUCUUGGAGCAGAUACAAGGGCAACUGAAGGGAUGGUUGUUGCGGACAAGAACUGUUCAAAAAUACACUUCAUAUCUCCUAACAUUUAUUGCUGUGGUGCUGGGACAGCUGCAGACACAGACAUGACAACCCAGCUCAUUUCUUCCAAUUUGGAGCUCCACUCCCUCUCCACUGGCCGCCUUCCCAGAGUUGUGACAGCCAAUCGGAUGCUGAAGCAGAUGCUUUUCAGGUAUCAAGGUUACAUUGGUGCAGCCCUAGUUUUGGGGGGAGUAGAUGUUACUGGACCUCACCUCUACAGCAUCUAUCCUCAUGGAUCA